AACAAGUAACACGCAAUGACCGGAAGUGAAUCGGAGCCGACCACCUGUUUCUGUGCUAGCUAGCUAAAAAGUGUGUUAAUAAACUAAAGUAAAUAGUAAUAUUUGUGUAGAUGAACUAUGUAACAAUAAAAACUUGAAGUAAGGCGCUUCGUCGGACACAAUUGCGCGACAUUUUCCAAUCGUAAAGUUGUAAACUUGAUUAACACUCGCCGAAAAACACUGAAAUAACCAAAAAAAUCGCAACACGCAAAUGCAUCUCAUUAUUGUCAGUUUACCCAAAGGAAUACACGAGAAAUAUAGCAUAAUUGAGUAAUAACACCAAUAAUUUCAUAUGGCCAGCUGUGUGAAGUGGCGUUUGAAACGUUAUGGAAGACUUAUUCAAGAUCCCGGUGAGACUGGCAAGAGGGAAUCCUGGAAGAUUUUUGAAGCAAAAAAAGGAGGGCCUGAAAUCAUCUUCAUGAUCUCGGACUCUGGAUACUUGAUGGUCUUACAGGGGCAAGAAUGCUUGGAGACACUUCCUUUGAUUGGUGCUGGAAAUGUGCUCAAAGCCCACCAGAAAUCAGACAACCUGAUGCUUCGCAAAACUGUCAAAGGAUCAGGCUGCAUGAUCAGGAUGCAGUUUGACGGCAGUAACAAGUCGCAAGCCAUCAAAGAGUGCUUGAGUGCCGCAGAAAGACUCCGGGAGUUUCUGCCCGUCAACACUCUAGAAGACGCCCUGCCGCCAAAUAAUCAGCCCCUAGCUGACGUCCCUGUCACUGUGACACAGCAGUGUCCACAGCAGGGUGAGGCAGCCAGAGCUGAACCAGAGGUUGUGCAAGGAUCGCUGUCCAUCAAGCGCCUUGCUGAGAACCUUUUGGGAAUUACGCCUCUGACGUUGCCUGGGCUGUACCGUCACGCGCCUUCACAACCCAGAGACCUGGACGCCUUCGUGCGUGUUUGUCUGCUGGAUCCCAGCUUCCCGGCUUUUGUGGAGCAGGUAGAGGGUGAGCUGAGGAAAAUACUCGAAGAGUGAAUCAUCAUUGACAAGUGAAGGCAGAGAAGAGGUCAAGUCAGAGUUGCACUUCUGUGUUUGUUUGCUGUUUUUCCCACGCUGUUCCCUAUGUAGGAGUUUACUCGCUUUGCACUGCCAAUGUCACUCGCUUUGUAGUUGUGCAUUAGCACUUAGGACAUUUAAAUGGUUGAUUUGAUUACCACAACUUCAACAAAAACUUUCCCAAAAGUUCAUUUUUUAAAUUUUUUAUUUAGAAAAAAAAUAUUGGUCUUAUGUUUGAUCGUGGCUAUAUACUCUGGUCCCUCUGUUCACACAACAAAGCAGGUCCGUUUCCCAUCGCAACACACAUCAUCAGUACAUUGUAUUGAAAGGAGGAGUCAUGCAGCUACAGCAGUUAAUGUCACUAUGCCAGCUUCCAAGGGAUCCCACGAUAUUAAAGCUUGACAGAUUAAAACAAACUGCCCUCCAUUUAAUCUAUUCAAGAAUACAUUUUGCAUAGGAUUAUAGCCAUGCUAUAUAGUCAAAGAAAAAUACAAAAUAAAAAUAUUCAUUAAAUUAGGAAAUGUUAAAAAAAAUAUUUUUUUUUACAGAUUUCCUAUCAUUUUAACACUCAUACUGCAACGUAUACAAGACGCUCUAAAUUACUCUCAAAAGGAAAUUAAAAUAAUACACAUACCAUUGAUAUUUAGUUAAGUUUAACACACAAAUUUCUGUAUUCACUCUCCAUUAAAUUUAAAUACUGCCAGUCACUGAAGCCCUUGCUUCACGAUAAAAGACCUAUUAAAAGUGGACUCAUCGUCACAAAAUCAAACAUUAAAUGACCAUGAUAUGCUGUACAAAUGUUCAAGAGGAAGAAGACUAUAUAUAUAGAUAUAUAUAUAUGUGUGUAUAUAUAUAUAUAUAAAUAUAUAUAUUUUAGCAUGACAAUAAAAAAACCUUUUGGGAUGCAAAACAAAAGCCACAUGAGGUAUAACAACAGAAGAUGUCUAUUCUGAGUAUCCUAUUGCGUAACUUUGCAUGCAUUUACAUGAUAUGUCAUACAAAAGGGAAGGUUGCCUCAUCUGAGGGCCAGGAUUCAAAUCAAAUAUGAAGACAUCAACAUCACAUCAGGAAAAAAAUGUGUACACCUCUGUGGUGAUUUAUAGUCACUGUUUGUCAUCUUGACAUCUCCACGCGACAAGGCAUGCUUUAAGACUUUCCACUCCACUUUCUCUUUGUUGCCAGUGUUAUGCUGAUAUUGUUUCUUGUAAAAAGAGACAAGAUAUUUUAUUUAAUUUUUCCUCCCUUAAGACUGGCCGCAACUCAGAUGCCGCCACGUAGCGUUUUCCCAUCUCAUCUGUGAAGAGAAAAUAAAGAGAAGCCAUGACCACGGAUAAUCCUCGGCAGCGCGUUCUAUAUUUAGCUCCCGCCAUCAGUGUCCACAGAGUCUUACUUGAGUCGGUUGCUUAUUUUGUGUUCCUUUGGCGAACGUUUUUGUCUUUGUGGUUGUUUGUAGAAUUGGUUUUCCUAUGAAGGAAGUGGGUAUGGUUUUGAAAACAUGAAAGUAAAAACAGGUGAAAUUGCAGUCAAGAGUUACUGUAUUUCCACAAAUAAUGGCCCAAUAUUUUCUAUUCAACUACACAUUUGGGAGGCCUUAUUUCAAAGGGCAUUAGCAUUAAGAAAGUUAAUGGUCAGUGUUACUGGCUUCUUUUAAAUGACUGUCAAGAGAAAGUAUUGUAGGUCUUAACUAGGGAUGUCCCCGAUCCGAUCACAUGAUCGGAAAUUGGG